AUUCUAAGCAAAAUGUCAUCUUCAAGGGAGUCAGGAACUCUGGGGACAUACCAGAGGUACAAGCUUGGUCAAGCUCAAUUCCAAAAAUGGCUAAAGCAAACUUCAGACAAGAUCCGGCUCAAUGGUUCCGUAAAGCCAUCGACUGGAACAGCAAGUCUUAAUAAUGAUUCAAGUCCCAAGAAGCGCCAACUUACCAAAGAAGAUGCAAAAGCAUCAUCUACAAUCCACUAGUCAGAGUUAGAGUCAAUGACAACAACAGUCAUAGACAACACCGAUCCUGAAAAGAUUCCUCGGUCGGCGAUUGACAUUUUACGCGACGUCGUACAGCUCAGAAAGAGGAGCGCGCGAUUCUUUAGCUCGGCGGCAGCUAAUUCGGAUAAUGACGCGUUGAAGCAGAAAACCUCCGCGCAUGAUCAUAUUAUCCAGGUGCUUGAAGGGAUUUUGCACAGAUUUGAGGCUGCUAUAUCCAAAAUUCGACCAUCUACGUCAACACCCUCAACGAGUAGUGAUAACCGAUUGGAUAUGAAGGAUAUAAAAAAUAUAUUCGAAUAUUUAAAGCCCGAAGACUCGCAGAUUGGAGAUGAAGGAGACCUGAACGAGGACUCCGACACAGCUGCGCCAGUUCCGAAGCGUAAGACGAAGACUCCGAAGAAGAACGGCAAAAAGUCAAAAUCGAAGAAACCACCAAAGAGUCAACCCACCCAGAAGCGAAAGACAGGCUCUCAAGGAACUUCCUGGGUUGAUAAUUUCCAAUGGCUGGAAGGAGAAGAAGAGGACGACGAUGAGUAUGACUACUACAUGUUGAUCUACUGCUUCUUUCAAGAUUUCAACUCUAUACGGACCUUCGUCAUUGAUCGCUGGACUGAAUACUUUUAUCAUAAAUCGGUGGCACUUGAUACUCUCGCGGUAGUGACGAACGCCGCCUGCGAAAUGUUUCAUGAGAUGGAAGCUGAAUUGAAAAGAACCCUCAAAGAUGUCCCCGAAAUGGCUGAUUACGAUUUCAUGCUCGACACGCUGUUCUUUGAAUACGGCCUCGACCAUGUGGACUACUCAGAUGAAGAUAAGCUAACGGAUCGUGAGAGAAAUCAUAAGAUUUUUGGCGAAGCGGAUUGGCUAGCAUUUCCCGCAUAUACUCAGAUCACCCAGAUGUUGGAAUUCAUACCGCCAGGAAAGGUACCGAUGGUUCCAACUGAAGCUAUAAUACAACCUAAAUACGGUGUGCAUGAGUACGAGGGUUAUCGUGAGUUCAUGAAGAAUGUUAUGUUCGAGAUAAUGCCCGAAUGUUGUCUUAUUAAGGCUAUGAAAGCAAAUGGGCUAUUGCCGAUGAUUGUCAGUGCGCAAGAUGAAUUCACGCUUGACUUCGAAGACAUACUACGAGUGCGGGGGUAUUCUACAGGCGCCAUUUUCGGGUUAGCGAUAUAUCUUGAUAUUCGAUAUAUUCUCGAAGACCAGGUGGAUCACGCUUUUCGCCUCCUAGAAACUACCGGCGCGCAGAUGAAAGCCACUCUCCAAGAGCAUCUACCCAACAUUAGAAGUCCUUAGGACCUUAAAAAGGAGUACCGAGACAGGCUGGCAGAGGUUGACAUGUUUGCCAUAUCGGACUUCCUUGAAGAAGAUAAGGAAAGAAGGUUUCUGGAAAAGGGGAUGACGGAAUCUUUCGAGAGACAUUAUUUCUUGAAGAAA